UAAACGCCAUACGCAGUCGCAUAACCGGAUAUCACCUGCCUUAGGAUAGACUAAAGCAAUCAAUCAUUUGAAAGAAAAAGGGCUUCAAAUUAUGAGAGUUUAAUUCGUAGGGGAUCAGAUUUCCUUUUUGACUUUUCUUGCUUCACUUGUCAGGAAAACGACAGAAACUCAGAUACUAUAGUUCACUGUGAGGAAUGUUCCAAGUUCUUUUGUGGAAAAUGUGUGGAGCUCCAUAACACACUUUUUAAAAAACAUGCAACAUUGGGUAAAGAAAACAUCAGCCAGUGGUCUCAGACCAAUGUUGAUGCACAAGAGCAAUGCCAGGAGCACACGAAAGAAAAACUAACAAUAUUCUGCGAGGAUCACAGUGAGCUGAUAUGUCAUGUCUGCCAUGUCUACAAUCAUAAUUUCCUCCUGUUCAGUGAGUCCAAAAGGAGACAUGAUAUAUGUGACCAACUGUGACCGUCAUCAGCUGGUCACCCUGUCCAGGGAUGGCACAGUGAUCUCCACACUUACUGACCCGGCCUGGAGUGAAUCAUUAUCUCGCAUCCAUGUGACAGACUCGGGACAAGUUCUGGUAUGUGGCGGCGCUAGUUCCGACACAAUCAUCCAGUUGGACAGAAAUGGGAGACGGAAACUGGCAGAGGUUGUCACAAAGAAGGAUGGUGUGUCAGUACCAAUAUCUGUCUUCUACAGAAAAUGCACAGGAACUCUCAUUGUGGGAAUGUUGAAUAAUGAUGACAUUAUGGUGUUUCAGACUGAGUGACAGAUUGAGUGAGAUGAUGUUGAGCAGUUGAUAAAUUUACAUUAACAUGUAUACAUGUAUAGUUGUCAUAUUAAACAUAAUUAUAAUUGUGUAUACACCAUAAAUAUGAGAAAAUGGCUGUUGACAUAUGACAUUUUCAAAUCAUGUAUAAACUUAAACUUAAUAAGUUUGAAUUUAAAUGUUUGCAUAUAUAAUUUGAAAAAAAUAAUAUAUAGUGUUUUCGCAAAACAAUGUGCAGAAAUGUAUUAUUAUUUCAGAUUGUAGUCUUCUAUUGUUGUAUUCAUUGUGAAGAUUAGUUUAUGUGAUACUUAUUAUUAUAAAUAGUAUAUUCUAAUAUUUUUCAUAAUUGUAUAUGCUAAUUAUUGUUUUAAACAUAGGAACACAUAUUGUCUGAAUGAGUAAGCGGAUAUUUUUUUGUAAAAUGUGUAUAUGAUUAUGAUAUCAACAACAAUUAUUUUGUUUUUGCCAAGAUGUCAAGCUUAUCUAAAGAAUCUUAUACCCACCCCCUUCCUCAAUGCCGUAUGUCAUAUGCUUUGAUUAUUCCAUAGUUUUGUAAGAUAGUUAAGCUCAACAUGUCUAUUUCGUUUGCACAAUGUUUUGUGCGUAAUACGUUUAUCAAAUAAUUGUUUUAUUUUUUUAGCACAUGUACAUUUGUGUUAACCAAGCUGUAACAAAAAUAUGUUUUCUUAUUAAAAAAAAAAACAUG